AUGAGUAGUGUCGGCGUUAGAGCGGUCGCACUGCGAACCGUUCCCGUCAUACUUCGCCACGGCGACAAGAAUGUCGCGGUCAACGCGCUGCUGGACGACGGCAGCACGCAGUCUUACCUUAAUUGCGACGUUGCGGCACAGCUAGAGCUUAGCGCUCCCACACAAGAAGUGUCAGUGAGCACGCUGAACGGCCACAUCGAGACCCUAGAGACCAUGCCAGUUGACUGCCACAUCGAGAGUCUGGAUGGCAGAUUUAUCACACAGUUCUCUGCUCUGACUGCCAAGAAUGUCACCGGUGACCUUACACCUCAUGAUUGGUUGGUAGAUCAGACACGGUAUCCGCACCUCAACGGCAUCGAGUUUCCGCAAUGCCAGAAGAAGCGAGUAGAGGCGCUGAUCGGCCUUGACCACGCUAGUCUCCACAGUUGCAUGGAGGAAGUCUAUGGUGAGGCUCAUGAGCCAUUCGCACGCAGAACGCCACUCGGGUGGACAUGCGUUGGGAGGAGCACCAGACCACAACAGACGACAAAUUUCACCCGCACGUACUUCGGAAAGGACGUCGACCUGAAUGCACUGGUGAGAAGGAUGUGGGAGGUGGAGGAACUUCCCCAGUCGUACGAAUUCUGUGCAGAUGAUCAAGCCGUUUUUGAUCAGACGGUCCAGUCGAUGACCUACAAGAACGGAAGAUACCAGGUUUCGGGGCCGUGGAUCAAGAGACCACCUCCGGACAACUACAGUCGAGAAACUGCACUGAAGCGGCUCAUCGCAGCAGAGAGACGCCUGGCGAAAGAGCCAGACGUCGCUGAGGAAUACCGAACCGUGAUUCGCCAUCACUUAAAACAAGGGUAUAUCAGCAAGAUCAGCAACGCAAGUGAUGGCGAUGGCUGGUAUCUGCCGCACUUUGCUGUUGUACGACCUGGGGCUACAUCCACAAAGGUGUGUGUGGGCUUUGAUGCAGCAGCAAAGACGAAAGGCAAGUGUCUGAAUGACUACAUCAGCACUGGGCCCAAACUACAACGGGACCUCACCGACGUUCUCCUGCGGUUUCGGCGACACCCAAACGCAGUGGUAGCUGACGUGGCAGAGAUGUAUCUACAAAUCGAGUUGGAAGAGGAUGACCGACAGUUCCAUCGAUUUCUUUGGCGAGAAGAUACGGAUGACCAACCGGCCGUUUACCAGUACAAUAGAGUGGUGUUCGGGAUCAAUGCAUCUCCAUUCUUAGCUCAACUGGUCUUGCAAGAGCAUGCGCGGCGGAACCAGGAGGAGUUUCCUAUGGCAGCAGAAACCGUGUUGAAGUCCACGCACAUGGACGAUUCAAUGGACUCGACAAAGUCAACAGACCUAGCGAUUCAGCUGUACCCCGAGCUUACGGCGCUGUGGGGUCUCGCUGGAAUGCAUGUGCGAAAAUGGAUUUCCAACAAUGUUGAGGUGCUCGCCGAAGUCCCCGAGGAGGACCGAGCCAAGGAAGUGGACCUCGCUAAUGGAAUCCUGCCGACGACCAAGACUCUCGGAGUUAAGUGGCGAGCAGAGGAAGACGAGUUCCUGAUUCAUGUCAAGCCGCCAUCAGACAUUGUCACCAAGAGAGCGUUCUUGAAGAACCUAGCCACAUUGUUUGAUCCGAUCGGAUUCGUACUGCCAUUCACCAUAGUUGGUCGCAUGUUGUUCCAGAAAUGUGGCUAG